CAAAAGAAACUAUGAAAGGGGGCAGGGGUUUUAGCCCUUCCUGCCACUGCUCUGGAAACCUUCGAAUGAAAACAUGGGUAAAGAAAGUGAGCUUUGGGACGACUCCGCCCUCAUCGAUGCCUUCGACAACGCCAUGUCCAAAUAUAAGAAAAUGCAUGGAAAGAAAAACAGUGAGGCCAAUGUCUCUGUUUCUGUUCAUCAAACCGGUGAUGAGGCCAUAAAACCCAGGGAUGCAGGAGAGAACAGCAGUUCCAGAGCCAAUACUGGGAUGGAAAUGGAGGCGGCGAAGGAUGUUGAACCAGUUAAAGAAAAUCAUACUGUAAAGUUACAGACUCCUGAGACUUGCAUAGAUUCAUCUAGUCUGCCAAUGCAGGAUAAGCAAGAUGGGAAUAAGGCCUAUUCGGAUUCGCAAGCUGCGCAGGACUAUAACCAAUUACUCACCCAGUAUUAUGAGGUUGAAGACAAGAGGCAAAUGAUUCUGCAGCAGCUUCAGCAAUUUGGUAGUUGGAAUUAUCAAUACUCGGGUGAGGGUUCUAGCACAGCUGCACAGUGGAGUACCUCCUGUGCUUCUCAGGAGUAUCCAAUUCCUACAAGUCAAGCUUCACACUCCACUGUCAUCUGUUCGUGUUGCCCAUAUGCAUGUCAAUCUCUGGCAACAACAUGCACAUCAUAUCCUUGCUGUUCUUUGGCUGGGACAUCUGUUGGUAAAAUUAGCACUGAACCAAACGGUGCAGUGGCUUAUGGAAACUUACCACCUUUCAUAGAUUCCGACAUUGUUAAAACAGCUAUGGGAGCUGCAGAAAGAGCUAUAUCCUCUAUGACAACAAAAGCUUCUAUUAAUCCUAAUGUAAAUGAAGAGAACAAGGAGAAGAAAGAUGGUGAAGAGGAAAUGAAUCAAAGUACUAGUUGUGAAACUGAUCUCACUGUACUUUUAAAUGCAUGGUAUUCUGCCGGCUUCUAUACAGGAAAGUACCUUGUGGAGCAGAGUAUUGCUAAGAGAAGGCAGUGAUAAGCAAUUCUUAUUGUGCAAUGUGGACUGCUACAAGGCGAGAUCCCUGAUAUCAGUCGUCCUGCACAUUGCAUGGAAUCCCUACAUUUAUUUGGUGGGCGAGAAAGGAACAUGAGAACGUAUGACCAAGAUACGAAGUGUAGUAGAGAGGCUCAGAUUUUGCAACAAAUUCAAGAAAUUAUCAGAUAACGGCUGCAUGGUUUAAGGAACAGCUUUGCUGAUGAUCCUGUUAAUAGGGAUUUGUGUUGGAGUCUAAAUAGUGCUAAGUUCGCUUAGGCAUGUUACUUUGUUAGAUACUCUGGAUUGCACUGCUUAUUAUGUGUUGCUUGUACUGUUAAAAGUAAUGGGAAGGCCAGCAAAGUGAUCAACAUUCAUUUUUGUUAA